AGAGUUGCUAAUAGGCAACACGCUGUGGUGGUGAUGGGGUAGGCAAACCCCGGUUGAGCUGAUGCAAGAUGUAGACGAGGACGACGGGCAUGAUGUAGCCGGCUUUACGGAGCCUUUGCCAGAAGGCGAUGAAGAGGCGAGCAAUCUCAGCGACAUUUCGGGCGUCAGCCUGGGGAACAACCAGCCGCAGGAGGUCGAAGAAGACAUCGAUGCGCUCAUCUCCGAUGUCCAAGACCACGUCUUCGGGGAGAUGCGUUUGCCAGAAGACGUGCUCCACGAAGUCCAGUCCACCUGGACAGCCUUCCUGGCCGCCAUGCCAUCACGGGACGCCGCUGGCGAAGCCAUCUAUGGCGUUGUGUUCGACUGCGCUCCCGAGUUGCAGAGCCUCUUCAAGACGGCCCGCUCCGUCAUGGCCAUGCGCUUUGUGAAUGGCCUGAACCUCAUCUUCUCCGAGCUCGCGCGGCCCACGUCUCUCAAGGUGGUGACGGAGACUCUGGGCUUCCAGCACCUCGACAUCGAGGUGACGACUCCCAGAGUCUGCCUCUUCCGGGACGCCAUCCUGGAUGUCUUGGAGUCCGAGGUCGGCAGCAUCCUCACCCCGCAGGGGAAGGCCGGCUUCUUGGCCACCCUGAACUACGUGGGCGGCGCUAUGAUCUAUGUGCGCAGGGAAUAUGGCGACAGAAUCAGCGUCCUGCGGACGAGCUGGAUUGCGGCCAGCAUCGCACGCCUUGGCGAUGAUGAGGACGACAAUGGUGAGGAUGUUGGUCACGCUGGCGAGCCCAGCGGCAAGCAAGUGGGCGAGAAGAAAGCUGGGCCUCCUGUUGAAAUGAAAGGUGGCGCUGUGACCAAAGUGCCGCAGAACUUUAACGAAAUGUUUUUAUUCAAUGCCGCUGUGAUGGGCUUUACAGCGAGUAUGGGGUGGAUGAGCUCUGUGCUAGAACAGUUCGAGAAUAUGGUAUUGAAUGCUGCGAAAUCUAACAGGCUGCAAGAAGAGUGCGAUGUUUUGUCGCUGGUGCUGGUGAAGAGCAAGGAGGCCAUCGUGUACGCGGAGUUCAAGGCCGUGAUGCUGGCCUCCCUGCGCUCCUUGGUCCCGAAGAUCUGGGGCGUGGAGCACGAGGUCGCUUGGACAUGGUUCUGGGACAACUUGGAGCGCAUGAUCAAGUCCCAAGUGGCCAACCUGAAAGGCCAACAGCGAUCCGUGGAUCGCUUUAUCAAGUCCUUGGACGACCAGAGCAUUGCCAAGCUAUGCCGGGACGUGUACAAGCGAUUCUUCGAGCAAGCGCCAAGCGGCCAAAACUUCUUCAAGCAGUCCACGACCCGGCUGUACUUCAUUGCCGGCAAGGUCUUGGAGAUGUCUCUCGACAUCUACUUAAAGCCCCGCGAAAUGAUCGAAGAGAUCUCCGCCCUGGGCUUGAGACACGUCGGCUACGGCAUGCCGACAGAGCUGUUCCCGCCAUUCAUAGAGGCGUGGAGCCAGUCCAUCCAAAGCAUGCAAGUGGAUGCCAGGGCCGUUUCUUCGCUGCGGUGGUCACUGACCUUGAUUUCCAAGUGCCUGGUGCGAACGAUCCUUGAGGGCUCGACCAUCGUCAUGAAGGCCAUCAACACCAACAGCGCCAAGCGCUUUAGGAAGGCGAUCUCCAUCGCCUCCCGGCAAAGCCGGGAGCAGGAGCUCUUGAAGAUCACGGUCGGCACGCAAUCCAUCUCGCCGCUCUACUGGGCCAUCCAGAGUGGAAGCUUCCAGGUGGCACGGGCCAUGCUCACAGAUUUGCUGACCAUCCGUGCUGACAGGGACAACUACUACUAUGGUUGCGACGCCCUCUUCGAGCGACACCCUGACAUUCUUCAGGAGCUAUGUGCCGUGAGAGGGCAAGGCUUGCUGCCCACAAUGCUGGAUGGCCUUUGCUGGCGAUCAAAGUGGACCAUCCACAAGAUGAGGCGAGUGAACUACUUCGUGAAGCAUUUGAUCCAGAACAGCGACGGCACCUUCAACACGAGCAUCCUUGUGCUGGUGAAGCUGAACGAUCCCAACCUCAUUCGCCAUCCUGUGGUCAGCUUUGUCUUCAAGAUGCUCUGGUCGCGCAUGGCCAGCUAUAGCUUUCUCCAAAGCAGGAUCGUGUUCCUCUUCCUCGUGGUGCUGGUGGUGGUGUCUCAGAGCAUCUUGCCGCGCGUGAACGUGCAGCAAGAGACCAACGCUCACCGAGCGGCGCUCUUUGCCAGUCGAAUGGUCGCCUACUUGGCUGACUUGGGACCGUUGCUCUUCAGCCACGUUUGGCUGAGCGUCAAAGACGUGCGACGGCGUUCCUUCGUCUACGUGGCCGGAGUUCUUCCCAUGCCAGCCUACCUGGGCAACUUGACGACCCUCUCCCAGCUGUUCUUGGUCUUUGUCAUGCUGCUGAUGUGCACACAAGAGCCAAUUUUCGCGUGCCUGCAGGACAUGUAUGGUGACUUUCCUGGCGCGGGGCUUUUCACCACCCACUGCCCUGCGGCUGUGGCGCGGGAAAAUGUGUAUUCCGUGCUCUCACAGCUCUCCGUCCUGCUGCACUGGCUCUUGCUGACGGACCUCUGCAUUUUUUCCCUGCGGGUCUGUGCAUACCUCUUGACCUGCCUCCGCGUCCUCGUGGAGUUGUUCCAUUUCUGCCUGGCGGUGACUUUUCUCAUCGCGGCCUUCUCCUGCGCGAUAGCCAGCCUUGGCACCUUCCUGGUGGAUUUUUACACCAUCCCAGCAGGAGCCGGCUCCUUGCUGAGGAUCAUCCUGGGCAUGUACGAGAACAAGCGCUUUGUAGCGCUCCGGGAGUUCCCCCGGGUAUAUUCCCUGCUGGUGAUCUUCUGCAUUACCACCCUGAUCUUUCUGGCGAACCUACUGGUGGCGCAGCUGACAGGGGCGUACAAGACGGUCUACGGCGACAUGGAGGGCUACGCCAAGCUGGCCCGCAGCAGCGUCACCGUGGACACCAUCCGCUCCCAAAGGCCCAGGAAGUGGGCGGCCUUCCUGGCCAGCCUCAAGCUGGAGGACCGCAUCGAGUUCAACGAGGGGGACGUGGGCAUGGCUGGCGGCAUCCAGGUGCUGGAGCCGGCCAACCUCAACCCCACCUAUGAGGAGUGCAUUCACCGCUUUGGCGGGUCCACCUCCGUCGAGAACCCGUGGCCUGAAGAAAGUUCCCUGGAGAAGGGCAGUCUGGAUAUCAGGCUCAAACGCUUGGAGAAGCUGGUGGUGAGGGCGACAAAGAACAUGAUGAAGGGUAUGGAUGGAGGAUCAAUUGGAUCCGGAACGGGAUCUUCUGCAGCUUCCUCGUUCGCCUCCGGAGCAUCAUCAGGCUCUAGUAUGAACGAAUCUGCCUGAACAGAUGCUUUUUUUAGUGCAGGUGCGAGCAAAAGGCGCAUGCAACGCAAGAGGCUCGUGAACCCCGAAGGCUGCGAAGGCCGAUUGUUUUCCAUGGCUCUUGCGGCAACGCCGUGUCGCAGCGUGCCGCCAUCACGGCAUCUUUAGAGACGCGCAAGUGGCGCUCUUCUACACUGGCCGACUUGUCUGGACUUGAAGCUAAUGCCGUCAGAGC